GCCAAAGUCUAAACUGCAGAGGAUGAUGUCAGUGGGGAGUGUUGAGAACCUGGCUCAGGGGUCAAAUCAGGGAUCAAGACCAGAACUGAAAUCUUCCCGCAGUGAAGAUAAACCUGACCCACCCAAACCAACCAAUCUUGGAUUAACCAGUCACCAAACGGUUGGCAUAUACGCUUUUCCUUUCUUAGAUUAAAAAAAAUUGUCUCUUGAAAGGAAAAGAAAAAUUUCCUCUAUAAAUAAAAAGUCAUAAUAUUUAAAUUAAAAAAUAUUUAAGUAUGCCAACUUAAUCAUAAUAAACUUGUUUGCCUAAAAAUAUUUGUGUUGUAUAAAAAAAAAUUAUAAUUUUAAUCAGAUGUGUAAAAUAAUUUAUGCGCAGAUUCUUGAAAGAUAAUAGUUUUCGAAUUUUUUUUAAAUUUUUAAAAAUUUUUCUGGUAUUAUAUUCAGAUUGCUCCUGUCAUUCAACAAAAACAAAUUAAUCAUUUGCUUGAGGAACUAAUUCCAUUGUUGAGUGUGGCAUAACUUGAUUAUUAAAACUAACCACUGAGACAGGAACCAGUAGAGGACUGUACUAACCUAAAGCUCAUUUUACAGGUAGAGAAGCUGGGACCCAUAAAAAUUCACAAUAUCACAGUCACCCAGGAUGAUCGGCAGCAGAUUUUCAUGUCCAGCAACAUGCAGACCUCUAUGGGUCGGCAAGGUGGACCUGUCAUGGGGAAAAUGUCCCGAACGAGAGGUGUAAGAGGACAGGUAUGUUAGGAUUGCUAACAUGCAUGUGUAAACAGGUCUGCAAGUAAUUUGUUAAAAAACAAGUACAAUCAGAAACGGACUGUUAAAGAAAAAAUAAAUUUAAAGAUUGACAUUAAACAUUCUUAGUUUCAAAGGCAGUAAAUGUAUGGGGCAUGUAAUGUACAGGGCAUAUGAUGUACAGGGCAUAUGAUGUACUGGGCAUAAACCUCUGUUAGUUGUUUUUUUUUUAAGGAAAUUCUUUAAUUUAAAAAAAAAAUUUAUAACAUUUUAAAGUACUUUGCAUUUUACGUGUUCUUACAACCCUUUUAGUGCUUGGUUACUAUAAAUAGUUUUUGUUUCUACCAGAACAGUUGCAGAUGAGAUUGAUAUAUAAUUCUGACAUUUACUGAAAUUUACAAUGCUUAAUUGAUCCUAAAAAAUGAAAUAUCUUUGAUUUCAUUGUUAAUUAUCUGCAUAUUAUAUAAAAACACAGAACUGCUAUUGUCAUGAGCUGGUUUUUAUUGUCUAAAGAUAGUAAGAAAUAAAUGUAUUUGUGAUCUUGUUGACAAUCAAAAGUUUUUUAGCCAACAUCUGUACUCUUUCUUAAUUACGACCAACACAGCAAGGUAAUGGUAGCAGCCCUGUCACUCAGCAACAGCAGCAGCAGCACACGCCACUGCCGCAGCAGCAGAUGCUUCAGCAGCACCAUGUGCAGCAAUUUACGCCAGGCCAAUACAUCCAGUUGUCCACGGGGGCAGUGCAGCUCAUGACAACAUCACAGGUCAGUGGUCAGCAUUGCUAUUCUAAUAGGGAUACUACCAGUUCUGGUUGAGGCUGUAAUUUUUAUUAAAAUCAAUCGCUGCAUUUUUUUUCUGUACUUUUUAGUUAGUAUCAGUCAUAUUAUUAUAUUACAGCUAAUGUACUUUAUGUAUUAUCAUUUUUCACUUAAAUAUCUGUAAAUAGAUUCAGCCUAAAUUUUUCAGUAUUUAAUUUUUUUGGCAUACAUGAGCUUCAUCUUAUUUGUUGCCACACAAUUUUUGUGUCUUUUGAUCUGCUUCGCUCUUAUUAUUGUUUAAAUCCAACCCUUUUUUAAAAAUGUUGUCUAUAAAAUUGAUUUGUGUUUUUAAAUAUCAGUAGUAUAAUUAUUUGGCUCCUAUUUUUGUUUAAGAGAUGUUCAAUUAAUAUACUUACCUCUGGCAGACUGUUGUCAGCAACGCAAUCACAUCAAAUGAGUCUGUCAGCCCAACAUUCACCACCUCAGUCAAGCCCAUUUCCACCCCAGUCCCCAUUGCCUCUAAGCCACUCCCACAGUCACCCUCCCCUGGAGUGGGAGGAGCCAAGCCUGCUAUGUCAGCUCUCCAGCCCCUGCACCAGAUACAGCAGCAGGGUUUGAAGGGCACAAUUGUACUGCAGAGUAAUCAGUACACAGGGAUGACUGUCCUCAAUGCCAACAGGCUCUCCAGCCCUGCAGCUUUGGCUCCACAAGGUGAAAACAAUAUCAUAUUAUUUUUUUAACUGUUAGUUUAAGUUAUAUGAACUUUUUUUUAAUGUUUCUAGGCUGCAUAGAAAUGAAAAGUUUAAGUUAUAUAAACUUUUUUUUUAAUGUUUCUAGGCUGCAUAGAAAUGAAAUGAUAUGCCCAGGGAGCAAAGGUUAUUAAAACUCAAUUAUGAUUAUAUUUGCAAAUUUUAUUAUUAGUAUAUUUUUCUAAAAGAUUUGAAAAACAUUUUUUUUAAAUUUAUAGUAAGUAGUCAAGGGUUAAUGCAAGUUUUAAAAAAAUGUUUGUCUGUAUUGAAGUUUACACUAUGAGGGUUGUCUAUAAUUUAGAAAAAGCUGUUUGUUACCCCUGAAGUGUAAACAAAAUUAAAAGCUUCAAUCCAUUAUAGAUUUAUGUACAAACUCUACCAUGAUUAAAGAAACUGUUAUUAUUAAGGUUAUUUAAAUACACGCCAAAUUUUACUUUAGUUUCAAUGGAUUUAACCUGAUGUCCUUUCAGGUUUUAUGACGGCCACUUUGAGAAAUAUGACACCGACUCAGGUGUCAUCACAGCAGCAGGCCC